UCAAACCGCUCCUGCGUAAUCCAAUUGAGUUCUUAUACCUGGAGUCUAAAAAUAGUCCAAAUUGACCGAAAACCCAGUAUCGAUACAUCGCUACGUUUGUGUACAGAACAUUAUAUUCAAUGGAGAAAAUGACUUAUUUCCACGCUAUCUUGUGAUGGAAUUAUGGAUAGAUGAAAAGUCGCCUGMUUGGCUAGAAAAAGUAGCGAAUGAAGAGUACAGCCACAGGUGGAAUGCGGUGUGAYGCUUGAGAAGAUUACAUUCGAGCUGGAGGUUUUCUGAAGAGGGACUUCUUCAUAUAUUGAAUGAAAUUAGAUAAUAUAUGACUGUAUCUACCCAUGGCUGUGUCCCCCAGGAUGGGCACGUUCGUGACCCUGGCAGAGGUGCUGGAGGCCCGGGGGUCACCUCUGGAGGAGGAUGAGGUAUGGCGUCUGCUUUUGGGCACCGCCGAGGCCUUAACGGACAUCUCCCACAAAGGUCCUGGUAACAUGUGCAGUSUACUGAGCCCCGGCUCUAUGUUACUGUCAGCCAGUGGGAACCUUGCUUUUAAAAGCUGUGCCCGGUCAGGGGACCUGGGCUCCUUCACUGCUCCAGAGGUACAGGAUGGACACGCUGCCUCCAACAGGACAGCCUCAGAAAAGAUGGUUGUAUAUUCCCUAGGAAUGACCCUCUACUGGUCCGUUGAUUAUCAACUACCUCAAAACCAGCCCAUUCAGCUGAGUGGCAAACUGAAMAACCUGUUGCUGAGCAUGUGUGAGGACACGGUCCAGAGACGAGCAGAUCUCGUGACUGUGCUGGAGACCUGUGACCAUCACAUCAAGACUGCUCAACUGCCCCCACCAGAGAAGCUCAUCAAACAGCUAGUAGAAGAUGUGUUUAGGGACUCUGUCAAUCAUGUGUCUAUGGCUGAGAAUGGUCCUCAACUUACUGACCGGAGUCAGAUGGUCAGAGAGAGGAUUCACAGUUUCUCAGGAAGUGCCUCGUACCAUAACUCUACCUGGGCGCUGAGAAACAGAAGCAACUCAACAUUCCAAGCCGAGCUCAGCAGAGGAAUUGCCCAGGGGUUACGUCACAGAGAGAGUUACUGCAGCUAUCAAUUCCGUAACCCCUGUAGCCCUUACCUGGAUGGCUUUCGCCGUGGCAGCAUCAGACCUAUACCAUAUGUGUAUCUGAACGAGUCCACUGUCAGUCUUAAUGAAAAGACAGCCAAGGAUGUGGGUCCAGAGUUUUUUCGAAUGUUAGAUGAGCCACUGGUUGUCUUGGAGCUGCCCGGAUCCAUUGUUUCAAAGAAAGGGAAGUCUCCCUCCACUAUGAGGGAGCUGARUGUGGUCAUGCCAAACGGACAGAGCAUCCUGGUUAAGUGUGACGUCAAGUCAGGAGGAGGRGAUGUCUUUGAUAUGAUUGUUGCCCACUCCAACCUGGUUGAACACUUCUACUUCGGCCUUGCUUACAUUGAUGAUAAUGAGUUUUUCUUCCUGGACAAUGACACAAAGAUAUCCAAGGUUGCCCCCGAUAGUUGGAAGAAAGUGCCUACGUCCACGUUUGUCCUUUUCUUCAGGGUCAAAUUCUUUGUCCACGACAUUGCUCUACUUUUGCACAAACUGACUCGUCACCAGUACUACUUACAGCUGAGGAAAGAUAUACUGGAGGACAGGUUGUCCUGCCAUGAAGAGACAGGCCUAUAUCUGGGUGCCUUGGCUCUCCAAGCAGAGUAUGGAGACUGCAUGCCUGAGGUUUAUGGGAGGAACUACUAUCGACCAGACCAGUACGUUGCCAAGAGCGUCAUGGAAAAAAGAGCCUUGCCUUACCUAAAGGAGGAGUUGCUACGGUUACAUGCCAACAACUCCACGAUGAGUACCGACGAGUCCGAGCUUGAGUUCCUCAAGGCCACCCAGCAGCUUCCUGAGUACGGUGUUCUGUUCUACCGCGUGGGGCACGAGAAGAAGCCAGUCAUCGGAGAGCUGAUCCUAGGAGUGUGUGCCAGAGGAGUCAUAGUGUAUGAGGUUAAAGAUAGCUCUCGCUCCACGAGUCAGACAUUCCACUGGUGGGAAACAAACAGUAUCUCCUCCUCUUGUCGGAAAUUUGUCAUCGAGAGCAGAGGGAGCGCGAGAAAGCACACCUUUGUCACCGAGAGAUCCAAGACGGCCACAUACCUGUGCAACCUCUGCUCUGCCCAGCACAAGUUUCACAAUGAGAUGAACUCUCGCCAGCUCGGACACAGUCUGGCCUCAGAGGACAACAUAGUGCAAUAUGCGGCAGUGUGUCGGGCACAGAACAGCCAGAUGAACAGCCGGAUGAACAGGAACUCUGAGACCGUACUGACAGACAGCGGUCUGACCACACCGCAGGACGGCUCCAUGACCAAACUGUGUGAUGACAUCGCCGCCAAGAUCGAGGCGCGGAUCAAACAGCACCGUGUCCUCCACGAGCAGGGCAGAAGGAGACCAUUGCCUGGGAAACUGUCUCCAGCCCUGUCUCGUGGGUCUGGGAAGUGUGGGUCAGAGGUCAACCCCAUGUCCUCAGCAGGCAGAGAUGUUUUUGCCCAAACGAAGAGAGUCAUACCAAAGAGAGAAGUCAUUUGUGUGUGCUUAAAGAAAGACCCGAAGCUCGGCGUCGGUGUUGUGAUAGUUGGAGAAGACACGGUGGGGAAGUACGACCUGGGUAUCUUCAUAGCAUCCAUCGUGCGGGGAGGACCAGCGGAUAAAGAUGGCCGCAUCAGAGCAGGUGGCCGUCUGAUCUCUCUGAACCACACCAGUCUGGAGGGCAUGACCUUCAGUGAGGCUGCAGAGGUCAUGCAGAACAGCCCACAGGAGGUCACACUCAUCGUGACCCAGCCCAAAGUUUCCUCGACACCCAACAACGUGAGAUCUCCGCUAUUGAAGAACUACGAGUCCCAGACCACUUCGAGGACUAACAUGCGCUCUGGGGAGGACGACCUGGAUGAGAUCGUGUCUGUCAUGUUGACCCCAAAGACUGGCAGUAGACUGCAAMUCCCUGAUGUACGCAUCCUCAACGCUCAGGACUGCCACUCAAGGUCUCCUUCCACAAACUGCUUCAGGGGUGAUGAGAUCUCUGUGGAGCUGAAGAAGAAAGCUGGAGUAGGUUUAGGGAUCAGUAUCGCUGGUGGUGUGAACACAGGCCUGCGUCAUGGAGGUAUCUACAUCAAAAGCCUAGUCUGUGGAGGGGCUGCUGAGCAAGAUGGCCGCAUUCAGUCAGGUGACAGACUGCUGAAAGUUGAUGGAAUCAGGUUUCAAGGGUUCACAUAUCAGCAGGCUGUGGAAUGUCUGGCGARAACAGGAAAGGUGGUGACCCUGGUCCUGGAGAGGGAGAACAUGAACAGCCUGCCCUGGGUGUCUCUGAGCCCAGACACAGGUUGCAGCCUCUCCCCUCAGAGUUCCCACCGGGACAUCACCCAGAAGAGGAACAACAGCUGCCCUGCCGUCAUCACCCCCUUCUUGGUCAAGCCCAAGGACUACAGCUUCGUGUCUGACGGGAACACUUUGGAGGUGACCUUGAAUAAGAGGCUGAAUAGCUUGGGCUUCAGCUUCCUGGUCCCUGAGCUCGACCCCUUGAAAGGAGACUCGGGCAGUGGUCUUGUCCGGAUCAAGACGCUUUUCCCUGGCCAGCCAGCGGAGGAGAGUGGGCGGAUCCAGGAGGGAGACGUCAUCCUGGCAGUCAAUGGAGAACCGCUGAAGGGAUUGUCCUACCAGAGGGUGGUCACGCUGCUGAGAGGCUCUCCUCCUGAAGUUCGGUUGUCUCUGUGCCGUCCUGCUCCAGGAAUUYUGCCUCCCAUUGAAACGUUGUUUGGCACCUGAGUGAUGUCACACCACAGUACGUGAGCACCAAUGGGAGUUCAGGAAUAUACUUCCUGAAAGACAGACAGGAGAUCUUCGAGGAGCAGGGCAGGGGAAGAUCUGUCCAGAUGAAAGAGUAGGACAGAGGGAGACGCCUGGCCCUCCCUGCCCUGUAGCAGAGCCCCGGGCCUGACCUGACGGAUUACAGAACCUACCUGGAUGCAUCUCUGCGUUCUAUGAGUCAGAGGAGUUGGAUGAGUCGCCCCGCAGAYAAGAACCAACUGUGUCAUGUUACAACAGCCAGGAGGCACUGCUGAGGUCAACUCAUGUGAGGUGAAGAAAAUGCUAAACGAUGGAAAUCUCUUGCUAUUUAGAUUCUGUUGAACACCAGAAGAGGCGAAWGAGUUGGUUGGACUGGGGGCGUGGGGGUUCUACAGUGUGAACCCUUGACGAUGAGGAGAGAACUAUUACACAAGCUCAGUUGGUUUGAAGGUGAGGGGGACUGUAUGGUGAGGGGYUCUGUGAACUGUGUGGUUUUCCCUGAAUGCGGAUGUGGUUUCAGUUCUGGCACAGAAAGACAGACAGUCUACAAACAKAGAAAAGGUGUAUGGUUGAGGUACUAUGGUCACAUAGGGAGGCCUGAUGAAGAAGCAGGACUUAACCACCGUCCUGCUUUAAUAACCUGAUCGUCAAUUGACGCACCCGUGCGUCACAAACUGACGUCAUUUUGAAUAUUGAGUAGCUCCCGGUGUGUUUAYACUAGAGACUUACCGUUUCUUGUAGUGGCUGCAGCUCAAUCCCCUCUUUCCGCCGAUAUAAGGUUUGUACCUAUUCCAUAACAUGGGGCUUGUGAAAGCUGCAUUUAUUUAUUUUUUUACACAUGAGAGGAUCCAGACAAGAAAAUCCCUUUUUCUUUUUAAUUGGAAAUCAAACUCAAAUCUUACUGCAGGCAAUACCAUGAGAAUCUCACCCCAGACCACCUCCCAUGAAGGRCAUAAAGCAUGCGCUAUGGUCAAGUUCAUAGAGUAUGCAAUGUAGGUCAAGUCACCARAAGUGCAAACAUUUAGUAUGCAGGGAAAGGGUACACUCUGACGGUCUUUGUAAAGCAAUGCAUUUUCUUCUCCAUACGCAUUACCUUGUAUGCAUCCUCCACAUGCGCCAUCGAUCUCUCACUCGUUUUCAAUAGGAAUGGUAAAUGGGAAAAUAAGUUUAACGUUUCUUCACCUGUCUGUGUCUUAUUUUUUAUUUUUUUACUUGAUAACUUGAAAGCUCUGAUUGCUAGGAUCAUUUUAAGGUGUCAGUCUUGAAAAUCUGUUUAGCCAUUUUGUGACUCACUACCAAAACCAGAUGUAACGGGUUUCACAUGGACAAGAGACAUCGUGUACUCUCUUACUCCUGUCUCGUGGACAAACUGGGAAUCAGGCAGGGGAUAUAUUCACAUAACUGGGUAGGCAGAGGCUUCUGCUUUCUCUUCAUAUGAAUGUCAUUUUUGUCAUAUGGAACAUUAUUCCUGUAAUAUGAAACAUUAUUCCUGUAUGAUGAAAAAAGUGAAAGAAACCCUGUACAUUUCAGGGUUCUGUAAUGUUUCUGAUACAUUUAUCAGAUACCCUCAGUUCUUACCUUUUCUAACAAUAUUAAUCAUUUGUUUGUAAGAUUUAUAGUUUUGAAACCGAAAUGUUAUUAUUCUUUAUGAGGGUAGUAUACAAUAUUAUGCAUCGUUUACAAAAUGCCACUAGAGGGAGUCAGAGUUGAACACGUUUUAAAUACACCUCACUGUUAUCUAAGGUUGGUUGUUCAGCAACAAAACCAACGUGUGCUCAACUAAGGGGCRAAACAGACUGGGUUGGCUUAGAUCGUUGAUAAAAUGUAAACUAUAUUUUGU